ACACCAACCUCUUAUCAACAAAACAAAAAUCAUCAAAAGAAAACAAUCUUUGUUAAUGUUUCUUCACGUUUCUCUUUCCUUUUUCUUCUAUCUCUAGUCGUUCUUUUUCACUACCAUGAAUGCCAUAGCUACUGCUUCUUCUCUCUCUCUUCCAAUCUUUUGUAGAACUUCCAAGCUUGAUACCAAAAGAGGUUUGAAAGGUAAAUUUGGAGUGUUUGCUGUGUUUGGAGAAGAACUAGAGAAGAAAAAUUCAUGGGGUACGAUAUUUGAUGUAGAAGAUCCAAGAUUGAAAGUGCCAUUGAGUAAAGGGAAAACUUUGGAUGUAUUUCAAGCUUUAGAAGUAGCUAGGCAGGAUAUUCAGUACUGUGAUUGGCGAGCUCGCCAAGAUGUGCUUACCAUCAUGCUCCUCCAUGAAAAGGUGGUUGAAGUUCUUAAUCCUCUAGCUCGUGAAUACAAGUCGAUCGGCACCAUGAAAAAGGAUCUAGCUGAGUUGCAGGACGAAUUAGCAGAAGCACACAGACAGGUUCAUAUAUCGGAAACAAGAGUUUCCACUGCUUUAGAUAAACUAGCUUACAUGGAAGAAUUGGUAAAUGAUAGGCUAUUGCAAGACAGAAGCACGGCUGAAGUUGAUGAGACAUCCUCGUCUCCCAGCACGUCUGAAAAAUCUGUACGUACCGAAAGAAGAAGGAAGCCGCGGAAAAGAUUGAAUGUAUCAGGUCCAGUUCAGUCAUACCAUCCUAACUUAAAGAAUUUCUGGUAUCCUGUUGCGUUCUCUGCCGACUUAAAGGAUGAUACCAUGAUCCCAAUGGAAUGUUUCGAGGAACCGUGGGUUAUCUUUAGGGGUAAAGAUGGCAAACCUGGAUGUGUCCAGAAUACUUGUGCACAUAGAGCAUGUCCACUGCACCUUGGCUCGGUAAACGAGGGUCGUAUCCAAUGCCCUUACCAUGGCUGGGAAUAUACGACAGACGGAAAAUGCGAGAAAAUGCCGUCUACUCGAAUGCUAAAUAUAAAGAUAAAGUCAGUUCCUUGUUUUGAGAAAGAAGGGAUGAUCUGGAUUUGGCCUGGCAAUGAUCCCCCAACGGCGACACUUCCAUCUUUACUACCUCCUUCUGGAUUUGUAGUCCACGCUGAGAUUGUCAUGGAACUUCCGGUUGAACAUGGAUUACUUUUGGACAACCUUUUGGAUCUUGCGCAUGCCCCUUUUACUCAUACUUCAACGUUCGCAAAGGGAUGGAGUGUUCCGAGCUUUGUGAACUUUUUGACACCUGCAUCUGGCCUUCAAGGAUACUGGGAUCCUUAUCCAAUCGAUAUGGAGUUUCGUCCACCUUGCAUGGUUCUAUCAACCAUUGGAAUUUCAAAGCCUGGGAAACUGGAGGGACAAAGCACUAAAGAAUGUGCAACACACCUGCACCAACUUCAUGUAUGCUUACCAUCUUCAAAACAUAAAACAAGAUUGUUAUACAGAAUGUCGCUGGAUUUCGCUCCUCUACUUAAGCAUGUUCCUUUUAUGCAACAUUUAUGGAGGCAUUUUGCAGAACAGGUUUUAAAUGAGGAUCUAAGGCUAGUAUUGGGUCAACAAGAGAGAAUGAACAAUGGUGCAAAUGUAUGGAAUGUGCCAGUUACCUAUGACAAGCUUGGAAUAAGGUAUAGGCUUUGGAGGGAUGCAUUGGAAAAUGGAGCUAAACAACUACCCUUCAACACAUAAUUAAAAUACAGAAAUUAAGGAUCGUUUUUUCUUAGAUUCAUAAGGCUCUUUUUUCUUUUUAGUCAAAGCUCUAGGACAACCUUGGCACUCACAUGUUGCUUUGUGUUUCAUGGCUUUGCAUCAAAUCUAAUGAGGCCACUCGGGAAUGUUGUAUUUAUAUCAGAGGCUCCUUUUUGAGUCUUGACAAUCUUUUUUCUUCUUGAAUGUGUACAGUGUUAAAUCCAUUUAAUGGUUCACCAUCUUAGGUGGUGGCAUAACCACACCCCUUGAAUAAAGGGGAUUGUUGUAUGAUGACAAUGUUUUAUAGUCCAAUGUUAAUUCAGAAUUAUUCUUGACU